CAAGAACACAAGCAUCGGAUGCUGACAGACUAAAGUUUCGUCGGCUUGUGUGUAUAAGGACAACUUCACAGUACAGGAAUGAUGCAGAAGCAAAAAUGUUUUGGAAUUCUACAUCUUGGAAUUUUUAUAUGGACGUCAUUUUGUAUUAAAGGCUCUUUACAGGGGGAAUAUCAGCGGAAGUUGUAUAAGGAGUUGAUGGAGAACUAUAACAGACUGGAAAGGCCUGUUCUCAAUGAUUCUGCACCCAUAGUGGUGGAGCUGGGACUCACACUGCUUCAAAUCAUAGAUGUGGAUGAAAAAAAUCAGGUAUUAAUAACCAACGCCUGGCUACAGCUGGGAUGGACAGAUGUCUAUCUGAGCUGGAACCCGGAUAACUAUCCUGGUGUCCAGACCCUCCGGUUCCCAUCCAAUCAGAUUUGGACACCAGAUAUUCUGCUGUACAACAGUGCUGAUGAAAGGUUUGAUGCCACCUUCCAUACAAAUGUCCUAGUUAAUGCAUCAGGUGCUUGUCAGUACAUCCCACCAGGUAUUCUGAAGAGCACGUGUUACAUAGAUGUGCGCUGGUUCCCAUUUGAUAUCCAGAAAUGUGACCUGAAAUUUGGCUCGUGGACUCAUAACGGCUGGCUGCUGGACCUCCAGAUGCAGGCAGUGGACAUCUCUACAUACAUCCCCAAUGGAGAGUGGGAUUUAGUGGGGGUCCCUGGGAAGCGUAAUGAGCUGUAUUAUGAGUGCUGUAAGGAGCCCUACCCUGACGUGACAUUUACAGUAACAAUGCGCAGGCGAACAUUGUACUAUGGUCUGAACCUGCUCAUUCCCUGUGUGCUCAUCUCCGGCCUGGCGCUGCUUGUCUUCCUGCUGCCAGCCGAUUCUGGAGAGAAAAUUUCAUUAGGUAUCACUGUUCUUCUAUCAUUGACGGUCUUCAUGUUGCUGGUGGCCGAAAUCAUGCCAGCAACCUCUGAUUCUGUUCCUCUCAUAGCUCAGUACUUUGCCAGCACCAUGAUGAUCGUGGGCUUGUCGGUUGUUGUCACCGUUCUUGUUCUGCAGUUUCAUCAUCAUGAUCCACAAGGGGGAAAGAUGCCAAGAUGGGUGCGUGUGAUUCUGCUCAACUGGUGUGCCUGGUUCUUGCGCAUGAAGAAACCAGGUGAGGAACGUAAAGCCAACUUCAAAUAUGACCAGUCUCCUGCACACCAUGCUAGUGCCAGCAGUAUUCAGAUGGGGGUCAUGCCUGGUCAACCUUCCUCCACCAACUCCACCACAAAUGGCCAUAUGAACCUGUACUUUGGCUACCACUCCAUUGACAGCGCCUGUUGUCCACCCAGCAGUGACUCCGGCGUGUCUUGCAGCGGUGGACGAGUUGGUGGAUCACCAAACGAAGAACAGCGAGAGGGAGUGAGGAUGUUUGCAGGUGAACCAGAGAUCCAUCGCAUCCUGGCGGAAGUGAUGUACAUCGCUCAGCGAUUCCGUGACCAGGAUGAAGCCGAAGCCAUUUGCAGCGAGUGGAAAUUUGCUGCGGCAGUCGUGGAUCGGCUCUGUCUGGUGGCAUUUUCACUCUUCUCUAUCAUCUGCACUUUUACCAUUCUCAUGUCCGCACCAAAUUUCAUCGAGGCAGUUUCAAAAGACUUUACAUAAUUGUGAUAGGAGCACAUUGGGGGCUUUCUGGUUGUUUUUAAAGUUAUUAAAAUAAACACGUGAUUGAGUGUGAGAAGUGUCUACCGCCAAAGUUGAAUCCUUCCUCUACUCAUCGUUCUCAAAUCCACGAGAACUGUUGUUACAAAUAAUUCAUAUAAAAAAAAAAGAAACUAAUAA